UUUACCUACGACGGCAGGAAGUUCAGGACCUUCUUCCUUACGUUUGUCUAUGACAGAGGGGAAAAACUGGGUCAAGGAAGACAAGAAGGUGUCUCUUGACCAUCGACUCUUCCAAGGAUACGGGGUUAAGGCUUUGUCGAUGAAAGCGUUUGACGUGCGCGGGAACGGAACGGAGUUCGAAAUGCUGGAUCCGGAAAAGUUUCUUUCCAAAACCAAUGGCUACCACGUGACUGGUUCCCUGACUGUCAUCGACAACGCUUUUAUGCUCAACAGACCUUUGGUCCAAUUCAACAGCCCGACGGACCAACUCGCAGCUUUCGUUAUGCGAUACAGGGAAGAGUUCGCGCGGCUGCCUACUGCCCAGCAAGUUGACCGUGUUUUCGUGCCGAUUGACGCCCCGUCUUCGUCGGCUGCGGGGCCCAAACGGCGCCAGGAUCAGCCGGCCAGAGCGGGUGGAAAGAGGACGCAAUUCGCGACUGCCCCGUCUUCGUCAGGUGCGGUUGUCCAGGCUCUGCUCGCUCCGGUUCCGCCCUCAGAUCGGAAAGGUUGCGAUGCGGUCGAGCAGUGUAGUGAGGCCACGGACUACGAUGACGGAGCUGUGCGAUAUCGGGCUGGUCCCCGGCAUCGUUUCCGGGGAGGUGCGGGUGCCUUCGAUGACGAGGAAUGCGAGGGCCAAGAUGGGGAGGGCGGUGGUUGGGGUGGGGAGGGCGGUGGUAAGGAGGGGGAGGGCGGUGGUGAGGAGGAGGAGGGCGGUGGUGAGGGGGAGGACGGUAACGAAAAAGAUGUUGUAGGUGAGGACGAUGGCAUGGACGAGGAGAGAGACGAUGCUGCUGAGGAAGUCGAAGACAAUCGCUCCUCCCAAUUUCACCGUCGCCACCAGAACGAAUCACAGGGGUGCCGUGAGGACGACGCCUGCCACGAUGGGGGAGACGAACCUGGCUCACGGGGAAAGCGAAAAAGGGGAGAGGCAUCAACCUCUCCUGCGAGUCGAACAAAACAGGCGAGGGCCGACGCCGUCAAUGAAGCUCGCGGAGCGUUGACGGCAUCACAGGAAGCGCGGGCUCCUCGGAAAACUGGUGGGGGGGGACGAAGUGGCAGCCGUGGAGGCGGUCGCGGAGGCGGUAGGAAAGGCUCGCAGAGGUCCAGGGCACCUGAGCUGCGGGACUCGGGGGAUGAGGGCGAGGGGGUGGGCCUUCGCAUGCCCGAAGACAUUGAAGAGCUGGUUCAGCACGCCGCGCCCGUGGACACGACACGAUGUCUCUUCCUCGAAUACGACGAACAGGGCUUUGCCAGGCAAGACGUCAAACCCAUUCCCCGUGGGAAGAUCCUAUUUAACCACCAUUCGUUGUCUGAGAACAUUGUGAGAGGCAUCGAGAGUGCCAUAGAAAGCUCCAUCAGUGUUGACCCGGGGGGAAGGCGAAUCACGCCGGACGAGUUCUUCCAAAGAGAUUCUGUAGAGUUCGACUGGUACGCUGUCUGCGGUCAGCAUACUGCCGAGGCCAUGAAACGGUUGGUUGGAAAGGACUCCCCGGCCGUCAAAGUCUACGGCCUCCGCACGUACUCUAAAGUGCGAGUCGUUUUUUUCGAUGAUGACCACACACGCGGGUACUUCAAUGUCUCCCUCUUCGACAACACACGGGAGAAUCGCGCCAUGAUGUUAUCCUUCAAGGACGCUGUGCGUGAUAUGCGUCGAUGGUGGAUCGAUAACAACAGGAUCGAGGCACCCAAAGCUAAGGUCAGCGAGAAGGAUGCCGUCGCCGUUGCGCAUCAGAAAACGUGGCAGAACUUCCUGAGGGUCUGCAUGGGGAAGGCGUGCGACAAGGCAUUCGUGAAACAGGCACUCGACAACGAAUACAACAAGGAUUGGAGUAACAAACUUUGGGGGUACCUGAACCUUGCCAGGUCCACCCGCGCGGUUUGGCCGCUGGUGGAGAAGUUUUUCACGAUGUUCGAGGAGGGUAAGCUGCCAAUCGGCGACGGCAAGAUCCCACUUGAGAUGUCGGGGAGGAUGGAGGGGCGCCUGCCCGGCCUGUACACUGACGAGAACAAGGGACAACGGACUUUGUACCACUUCAUAUAUGCGAGAGAUGGUCCCAAGGGCUCCACCGUGUCCUGGAAGGAUUUGUGUCCUACGUACUUCAAGAACUUCGGGGACAUGACAUGCCGCGAGAGAGAAGUCGCGCUACUCCUGCUCAUGUCGGGGAAAGUGGUGGCAAUUAAAGUGAGAGUCGCGCCUCCGAGGGUGAACACAGAGUGCCUCCUCGACAUUAUGCGCAAGGAGAGAUACAUGGUCCGCAUGUUCAACUACGUCGUGUUUCGCGUCGAGGGAAGGGCAGGGGACGAAUGGAACGACGACUUCUUCAUGUCGUACAAGGACCUGGAAGAGAGGUAUGCUUCAAACGGGUUAUGCGCAGAUGAAUGGGAGAAGCAACGGGAGAAGCUGCAUAGCAACUUAGUGAAGACGAUCCCUCAGCGACUUGGAGGAGUGGAGGAGGCGAGGCAAGGCGACGAAAGUGCCGCAUAUUCAAUUUGGGAGCGAGAACCUGGCAAGUUGCGGAAGUUGUGCAGUUCAUUCGUAGGAGAGGCGGAAGGUGUGCUUUUGCUGGGUAGGGCGCACGCAGGUUUUGUAUGGAAGUUAUUGCUUGCAGGUAAUAAUGUCAUUGCCGGUGACGAGUCGGUCAAGGACAUUGCAUACUUGACAAAGUUCAUCGACAUACUUGUUAAGGAUGGGAGAUUUGAGUGUCGCCUCGAGAAGCCGCGUUCCACACAACGCACGAACAGGGAUAUGUACCACAAGUUGGGACCGAAACGACUGACGGUGUGGGAAUACCUGUUCCGCGAUGCGCCGGAUGGACGCCUUGAUGAGGGAUACAUAUAUAGGAAAGCCAAGGUGACCGAGGCCCUCAAACAUUAUCACGGUGCUCUAACUGACGCCUUCGAGACAUUCGUUGCUCGAUGCGAGAUCUUGAGGUUUGAUCUUCACAAAGAUAAACUGACGUUUAAGGACUAUGCAGACCUCGCUAAAUCGGGUGAAGGCUUUAACCCCGUUGACAACGAGGAAGACUCGUCGGACUCCGACCUCGAGAUCGAAAAGGACACCAAUGCAACCGGGUGGUGUGGGAAGUCCGCUGCCAUAGAGCACAACGUCAAGGGAUAUGGACCGGGUCAAUCAGAGGGAUGCUCGAACCUGCCACCCACGAACAGUGUGGCCUCGGGUGUGGACCGGGUCGUAUGUACGCCUGYGGAAGACRACGAAGACGAUGAYCUUGAUAUUCCUGCUCAGYYARCGAAGCUGGCGCCAGGCGAUCCGAUUCCUCCCAGAUUUUGUGCGGAUCCAAACAAUGUGUAUUUCUUGGAUGACAAAUACGCCUGCACUAGUGAGGACAAGUGGGGCCAUGAUUUCAUUUGGCAUGACGGCAUUUUCGAGCCAUGUAUCCAAGGCGGGGAGUGGAAAAUGGCGGUGAAGUAUGGCUCGAAGGGUUGGAGACCGUUUCCCCGCAUGGGAAAGGAUAGUUGGCUGAAGACGACGGAGCAAUCAAUAAUAUACCGCUGUCAGAAAGAGAACCCCGGGGAAAGUGAAACAUCCAUCGCGGCAAAGGCGAAACAAUUGUUCGACGCCUUGGGAGCCACUUGGCAGUUAGAGUACUCACACAAGUUUUACGAGUUGCAGUCGAGCCCCUCGUACAGCAAGAUUGACUGGAAGGUUGAGCGUGUCGCCUCGCUCGAGAGCAUGGACGUGGACUCCCGAGAAGAUGCCGCCCCUGUGCUCGAGGCGGCUACAGGGAACACGAUGGGUGAACAAAGGGAAGAUGGCGGAACGACGUUGGGCGUGAAGCCUCCGUUGCCAGAGGCGGGGAACACGCCCGCAGGCAAAAACACCAUCGGAGCCAUCUCUGUCGCAACGGGGGAUACAUCACAAGGUGAAAAAGUGUCACUCGACAAGCCGACAGAUGCGAUCGCCAUAUACGGGAGUCUCCUCGCGACAGGUGCGGCGCUGGCAGGCACAUCGGAGAUGGUGUCAGAGUCCACUGCUGGGAUGGGCGUCAUGGGGAUGUCGUUGCAUCUGCCCAUAUGCACUAGCAAAGGUGACGCACACUGUACAACAACACCACAGGGAGGGGUCACAGGGGAUGGCGGGAAUGGGGGAAAUGCAGGGGGGUCUCCACGUUCUCGCAAUAUUGAGGACAUGACGACGGACGAUGAGGAUGGGGUAGAAGGCGGAAAGGGCGUGAGCGAUCUCACGCGUGCAGAAAAUGAGGGGUGAGACAGGGAAUGAACUUGAGGGGAAUCC